AUGCCUUCGUUACCACCAAAAGACAUCAACGUUAAUAAAACUUUCUCCAAAGCCGUCGGUGAUAUGAGAGGCUUGUCGAUCAACAAAACCUCUUCAAGAUUCAAAUCUUCUUGUAUUUCAUUAUUUUCUCAAUUGUACUCUCCCCCUACUAAACUUGUCUCUGAUGAUGAUGUUAUCAUCGAAUCGUCCAAAAUUCGUACCAACACCACCGCUACCAAUGUUUAUGAAGCUCCUACUUCUAAUAACCUCAUCAAUGACUAUCACCUCAAUCAUCCAAAAACCAUGAUCUUUGAAAAGCCUGUCGCUAUUACUGCCAGCAACUACAUCAAUAACAAAAACAAUAUCAUUUCCACUGCUGCUGGAGUCAACGUUGAUAUAAACGAUUGUAUCAAACAACAACCUUCUAUCUCUACCACCGUUACUUGUGCAAAAAUUCCUCAAAUCAAAAAUGCUGAAUUGGCUAAAUCUUUGUAUUGGAAUAAUUUGGCCGCUGAUCAAAUUGAUGAUAAUAACAAUAAUAUCUAUGAUCUUCAACAAAAUAGUCUUCAUCAUCCUGAUAAUCUUUAUUAUCCUCAACUACCACCUCCCGCUCUUAAUCAUCUCUCAACCAACAACACCGUUAAUACCGCCGCUUUCACUGACGGUAGUAACAUUGACGUUUUAUAUGAGGAUAAACUUAACGGUAUCAAGGACGCUAUUCCUCACAAACAUUCAUCUAUCUACUCAACUUUCUACAAUACCGAUAUCAACAACACCAAGGAUAGCUGUUACUUAUUUAAUCCUUUGACCUUAUCAUUCGAUGAAGUAUCUCCUGAUUUGACAUCUGGAUCUGAAACAUCUUCUCUCGGAUCAUCUCCUCCAAAAGAAGACGAUGACUACAGAAGAUCUUUAUUAUUUUCCACAUCAAAUAACGACAAAAAUAAUAUCUCCUCCAUUACCAACAACACCACAAGCUUUGCUCCAUUUGAUGAAUAUAACAACGUCACCACCGCCGCCACCACUUUUGUUUCAACUCUUUCUAAAAAUGAAGUCAAUAAUACGAAUUUUGAUUUACCUAAAUCGCCCGUCACCAAUUUUGAUUCAGCUCUCUGUCCAUUGCACAAAGAAAAUACUGAGCAUGAACUCGACGGCGAUAAUAAAAUACCUUGUGUACUCGAUCCAUUCGACAUCAUCGAAGCUACUACUGACACCACUACCACUAACAAUGACGACGAUAACAGCGAAGAAUUUAGAAAAUCUUUAUUACUUUCAGCAUUAAACAACGCUGUUUUUCUUCCUUCCUCUUCCAGCAACAACAGUACUAAUUCGCCUUCUCAUGGUGAUAAUUCCUCAACGUCAUCAACAAAUAAAGGGAUUAAUAAGGAAUCCUCCGAUCUCUUAGUUUCUGAAUCCACCGCUCAAAAUCUAUCUUCGCAUGAAGAAGAUUUACAUUUAUUAUCCCAAAAAUAUAACAUCAAUAAUCACGAUGAUGAAUACGAAAUUUCUAAUUCUGCUACAUUAUCUACCACACAAUUUAAGGAUAAUAAUAUCAGUACUACAACAAAACCAGUUUCUUCAAAUAAUGUCAUCGUUCAAUCUUCGUCUAAACCCGCUGUCAAUCAAAAAGUGAUCGAAAAUCUUAGCAAUAUAUCAACUGCUGUUGCACUUGCAAAUAUCAAAUCAACAACAACAACCACCCCAACUUUUAAUGAUAAUAUUGAUAACACAAUGUCCACUAAUAUUAUUACCGCUAAUCCAAAAGUCAGAAGAAACAGUGACCCUGUUAAAUCAAUGUCCUCUUCUGUUGCAUCUUCAGUUACCGAUGAUAAAGAUCAAAAGAAAACCAUUCUCUAUAAAACUGAAAUUUGUCGCAAUUGGGAAGAGAAAGUUUGCAAAACUUAUAUAGAAAGAGGAAUUUGCCCAUACGGAAGACGAUGCUGUUUCAUUCAUGAAAUACAACAAGUUAGCAGUGAUGAUAAUAAUGGAAAUAACAUCUCUAAUACUGGCAGUAAUCGUAAAUCUGGUGGUAUGACUAAUAAGCAAAGAUUAUCAAAAUUUAUUAGUGAUCCUUCUAUCUAUGGGUCCUACAACAACGGAUCAGCAUCAAAAAAUACAAACACUGCCGGUACCGGUACUAACGAACCAAGUUCCUUGACUUUAUCAAUUCUUAAGGAUCUUGAAGUCGAAGGCGAUCUCAGUCUCGAUAAUAUAAUAAAUCACCCAGCCACCAUUAGAGAACGUAGCUUAAGUCUCUGCGGUACUGGUGGAAGCCAUGCGAAACGUUUGGCUUGCUUUCAAAGAUUGGUUGCAUAA